UACGAUGCUGUCUUAACCGAGCUUCGUAACUCCCGCUUCUCCAUCGCGAUAUUCAAUGUAGUUAUUCCUCACACGCAAACCCACACCAUUCCCUCUCUUACGAUGCUGUCUUCGAGCUUCGUAACUCCCGCUUCUCCAUCGCGAUAUUCAAUGUAGUUAUUCCUCACACGUAAACGCACACCAUUCCCUCUUUUACGAUGCUGUCUUAACCGAGCUUCGUAACUCCCGCUUCUCCAUCGCGAUAUUCAAUGAAGUUAUUCCUCACACGUAAACGCACACCAUUUCCUCUCUUACGAUGCUGUCUUAACCGGGCUUCGUAACUCCCGCUUCUCCAUCGCGAUAUUCAAUGAAGUUAUUCCUCACACGUAAACCCACACCAUUCCCUCUCUUACGAUGCUGUUUUAACCGAGCUUCGUAACUCCCGCUUCUCCAUCGCGAUAUUCAAUGUAGUUAUUCCUCACACGCAAACCCACACCAUUCCCUCUCUUACGAUGCUGUUUUAACCGAGCUUCGUAACUCCCGCUUCUCCAUCGCGAUAUUCAAUGCAGUUAUUCCUCACACGUAAACACACACCAUUCCCUCUCUUACGAUGCUGUUUUAACCGAGCUUCGUAACUCCCGCUUCUCCAUCGCGAUAUUCAAUGUAGUUAUUCCUCACACGUAAACGCACACCAUUUCCUCCCUUACACGUCUUAACCGAGAUACGUAACUUCCGCUUCUCUAAGACUCUCGUAACUCAAGUCUCAUAAUGGACGUCCAUGAUCUCGUAAGGAACACAGUGGUCUCUUUGUGCUGCUUAAUCCCUGACACGCGAGCGAGUACUUUUCUCUCCCGUCACCCGCCAUUCUCCCUCCCAGACGAGAGGGAGAAAGGGGGAGGCGGAGGUAGGUGGGUCUUGCGUCAUCACACUCCCCACCUCACCUCUCUCCUACCUCACGUCUCCGCACCCGACACGCUUUUCCCCCCUCCCCUCCUCCUCCCCACUCUCCUCCCCGCUGCAAGAAUGUUUGGAAUCCGGCUGCACAGUUUUACCGAUGCUUCCAGGCAGACUUCAGUAACGGCAUAUGAAUCCAAGGCGUAGUAUAUGUAGUAGAUGAAGUGGUGAAGCCUGUUGUGGCGUAUCAGGAAGUGGCAGUAGUAGUAGUAGUAGUAGUAGUAGUAGUAGUGUGAAAGUUUGUAGGUAUUGGUAGUCGUGUGGGUGACAAUUGACGUGCAAGAAUGUCGUCGAAAUCGGUGUUCUUGGAGACGAAACAAAGUGGAAAUCGGUGUUCUUGGAGACGAAGCAAAGUGAAAAUCGGUGUUCUUGGAGACGAAACAAAGUGGAAAUCGGUGUUCUUGGAGACGAAACAAAGUGGAAAUCGGUGUUCUUGGAGACGAAACAAAGUGGAAAUCGGUGUUCUUGGAGACGAAGCAAAGUGGAAAUCGGUGUUCUUGGAGAUGAAGCAAAGUGGAAAUCGGUGUUCUUGGAGACGAAGCAAAGUGGAAAUCGGUGUUCUUGGAGACGAAGCAAAGUGAAAAUCGGUGUUCUUGGAGAUGAAGCAAAGUGGAAAUCGGUGUUCUUGGAGACGAAACCAAGUGGAAAUCGGUGUUCUUGGAGACGAAACAAAGUGGAAAUCGGUGUUCUUGGGGACGAAACAAAGUGGAAAUCGGUGUUCUUGGGGACGAAACAAAGUGGAAAUCGGUGUUCUUGGAGACGAAACAAAGUGGAAAUCGGUGUUCUUGGAGACGAAGCAAAGUGGAAAUCGGUGUUCUUGGAGACGAAGCAAAGUGGAAAUCGGUGUUCUUGGAGACGAAACAAAGUGGAAAUCGGUGUUCUUGGAGACGAAACAAAGUGGAAAUCGGUGUUCUUGGGGACGAAACAAAGUGGAAAUCGGUGUUCUUGGAGACGAAGCAAAGUGGAAAUCGGUGUUCUUGGAGACGAAGCAAAGUGGAAAUCGGUGUUCUUGGAGACGAAACAAAGUGGAAAUCGGUGUUCUUGGGGACGAAACAAAGUGGAAAUCGGUGUUCUUGGAGACGAAACAAAGUGGAAAUCGGUGUUCUUGGAGACGAAACAAAGUGGAAAUCGGUGUUCUUGGAGACGAAACAAAGUGGAAAUCGGUGUUCUUGGAGACGAAACAAAGUGGAAAUCGGUGUUCUUGGAGACGAAACAAAGUGGAAAUCGGUGUUCUUGGAGACGAAACAAAGUGGAAAUCGGUGUUCUUGGAGACGAAACAAAGUGGAAAUCGGUGUUCUUGGAGACGAAACCAAGUGGAAAUCGGUGUUCUUGGAGACGAAACAAAGUGGAAAUCGGUGUUCUUGGAGACGAAGCAAAGUGGAAAUCGGUGUUCUUGGAGACGAAGCAAAGUGGAAAUCGGUGUUCUUGGAGACGAAGCUUUGCCAUUUGCACCCAACUACCUUUCAGUGCGACGGAGAUGGACACCAAGGCCACGCGCAGCUAUAGCGUAUGCCCCCAACUUCACCUUUACUUUGCCUUUCAAGAGAAGAGUAUACGAGGACACCUGUAGGAUAUUUGAUCACAGUUUUAAAAUCUUUAGUUAUGAUUACGUGUUGCGGGCUUCUUUUAGUUUUUUUUUUGUUGUUGUUUCGCCCUUGUCCGGGGGCUUCGUGGUGCAGUGGUUAGCACACUCGGCUCACAACCAAGAGAGCCCGGGUUCGAUUUCCGGGCGGAGUGGAAAAAUUUGGGCGGCUUUUCCAAUACCCUACGCCCCUGUCCACCCAGCAGUGAGUGGGCACCAGGUAUUAAUCGGGGGUUGUGUCCCGUCUCCUGGGGUCUGUUCCCUUCUCCUAUAAUUCCUUCCCCUUCUGUCUCUCUCCGGCAUAUGACCACAGAUGUUGCGCCGACUAAACGAAACUUUCCAAAGAUGUUGCGCCGACUAAACGAAACUUUCCAAAGAUGUUGCGCCGAUUAAACGAAACUUUCCAAAGAUGUUGCGCCGACUAAACGAAACUUUCCAACUUUCGCCCAUGGUCUGACUUCUUACCGUAAACAGAAGACGAAUAUAAAAAAUAACAGUAAAUUUGAACACUUUUUGUCAUCUUUAAAGUCAUCGUUACGUAUUGCGGGCAUCUUUUAUUAACUUGUUUAUUUAUUUUAGUUUCCCCCUUCGUCAGUUUUUUAUCGUAACAAGAAGACGGAAAAAGUUGAACGGUAAAUUUGAUCACUCGUUUUGCCAUCUUUAAAGUUAUGAUUAGGUAUUGCGGGCUUCUUUUAUUAACUUUAUUUAUUUUAGUUUCCCCCUUCGUCUGUUUUUAUCGUAACCAGAAGACGGAAAAAGUUGAACGGUAAAUUUGAUCACUCGUUUGCCAUCUUUAAAGUUAUGAUUACGUAUUGCGGGCUUCUUUUAUUUACUUAUUUAUUUAUUUUAGUUUCCCCCUUCGUCUGUUUUUAUCGUAACCAGAAGACGGAAAAAGUUGAACGGUAAAUUUGAUCACUCGUUUUGACAUCUUUAAAGUUAUGAUUACGUAUUGCGGGCUUCUUUUAUUAACUUUAUUUAUUUUAGUUUCCCCCUUCGUCUGUUUUUAUCGUAACCAGAAGACGGAAAAAGUUGAACGGUAAAUUUGAUCACUCGUUUGCCAUCUUUAAAGUUAUGAUUACGGGUUGCAGACUUCUUUUAUAUAGUUUUGUUUCGCCCAUUGUCCUUUUUUUAUUUUUACAGUCAAGACGAAAAAAACGGAGCACGGUAAAUUUGAUCACUUUCACCAUCUUUAAAACUAUCUCAUUGUUACAUUUGUUAUUACGUAUUGCAGUCGUCUUUUGUUUAUUGUUUUUUUGCGUGUGUGUUUCGCCCUUGGUCUGUCUGUCUUUACUGUUAACACACGACAAGACGAAAAAAAAAACAUCCCUUGGCGUGUUGGUCGGGCGCGGUGCUGAGGGCUCUGAGCAAGACUUCCCAGCACUGCUUCGCUUGUUGAGUCGUGUGUUUGAUUAGCGAGACCAGGAGCGAGACUACGGUACACAGGGAGACUGCACUUGUGCGCUCUCUCUCUCUCUCUCUCUCUCUCUCUCUCCACACACACAUUCCUUUUCCAGCUUCUUGAUAAUUUAUAGAACGUGCGUGAUGGAUUCUGCAAGCUGGUGUGUGUGUGUGUGUGUGUGUGUGUGUGUGUGUGUGUGUGUGUGUGUUUAAUACGGUAAGGAAGACAAACCCCGAGCUAUGUAUACAAAAAACAACACUACACGCUGCUCUUGUAAAAAAAUAAAUGUAAUAAAAGUGAUGCCUUGAAAGAGCUGAAGUCGUUUAGGAGGAACGAAAAUGCCGGAGCAGGAAGGAUCAAGGUUGUGCGAGGAUCCUAUUAUUAUUAUUUUUUUUUUUUGUACAGUAUAGGAAGCAGGUCAAGGAUAUAAAAAAAAGAGGAAAAAAGGCCCGCUAAUCGCUGCCCCCUAUAUAAGAGUGUAGUACAGACGAGUAGUAUAGAAGAGUUUGUAUUGGUAGUAUUGGUAUUAGUAUUAGUAGUAUUGGUAGUAUUAGUAUUGGUAGUAUUGGUAUUGGUAGUAUUGGUAUUAGUAUUGGUAGUAUUGGUAUUAGUAUUGGUAGUAUUGGUAUUAGUAUUGGUAGUAUUGGUAUUAGUAUUGGUAUUAGUAUUAGUGUUGGUAUUGGUAUUGGUAUUAGUAUUGGUAGUAUUGGUAUUAGUAUUGGUAGUAUGGGUAUUAGUAUUGGUAGUAUUGGUCACGUCCUAUUCAGAAGGGGUGUGAUGGCCCCCUCAGAGCAGGUGUUUUUGUCCUGCUCUGAUAAACGGUUGAGUGAGCUGCCAGAUAAGACGGUGGGAUUUGAGGCCUUUAGAUAGCAGCAUAAUUAAGGUGAGUGAUUUAAAAGGCGAUAAGGUGGAAUUCCAGCUUGUCUAUUUCAACAUUUACAGCCUCAUAUCUUCCUUACAUCUGUAUCAGGCUUAUCCACCUAUCAAAUGUAAGCUAGGUUCAAGAGGAAAAGGUUGGCAGAUAUUCAAAGACAUAAAUAGGCCUACUUAUUUUUUUUUACAGCUUUUUGGUUUCAGCUUGUCUAUUUCAACUUUUACAGCCUCGUAUCUUCCUUACAGCUAUAUCAGGCUUAUCCACUAGUCAAAAGUAAGUUAGGUUCAAGAGAAGGAGAUCGAUAGAAUUUUCACAGGCAAACGAACACUUAUUUUUUUACAUUCAUUUGAUGUCUUAUGAAGGAAUCAGGUUGAGUAGUAAGGGAUGAAGCAGUGUAUGUUUUCUUCUAUUCCACCACUUAUUAAAUGUAAGUUAGAUUCGAGAGGAAGAGAUUGACAUUUUUUUUUAAGGCAGACAUUUAUUUUUGACAUUCUAUUGAUUUGUCUUAUGAAGGAACCAGGUAGUGAGUGGGAAAUGUCGAAGCAGUGUAUGUUUUCUUUUAUUCCUCCACUUAUCAAAUGUAAGUUAGGGUCAAGAGGAAGAGAUUGGCAUUUUCCUACAGGCAAAAGGACA